AAGGCCGGAUUACCUUAAUAAACUCGGUACUCUCUGCUAUCCCUAUUUUUUAUUUGUCUUUAUUUAAGAUUCCUAAAGUUGUUCUUGUUGAGUUGAUUAAAAUUCAGAGGAAUUUUUUUUGGGGAGGUGCGAGUUUGGCUAAAAAAAUUCCAUGGGUUAGUUGGGAGUGUAUGUGUGUGGAGAAGGGGAAGGGGGGUUUAGGAGUGGUUGAUUUAGAGAGAAAGAAUGGGGCUUUGUUGGGGAAAUGGUGGUUUCGACUAGGAGAUGGUUUAGAUAGCUUAUGGAAGAGGGUGAUUUGGGGAAAAUAUUAUGGGGGUAGGAGGGAGAGGGAUGUUACUUCCGUUGAGUGUUUGAAUAUGUCUCGGAUUUGGAAGGAUAUUGUGAGUUUGGGUAGUAGAUCGGAACGAUUAUCAAAGAUGUUAGUAAGGGGUUUUAAGUGGGAAGUUGGGGAUGGAAGCUGUGUGGAUUUUUGGAGUGACAAAUGGGUGGGGGAUAAGUCUUUGAAGGAGUUAUAUCCUAGGUUGUUUGUGUUGGCUGUAAGGACGGAAGGAAUACUGAAGGAUAUGGGGGUUUGGCGUGGAGAAAAUUGGGUUUGGGAUUGUAAGUGGAGAUGUGGUUGUAGAGGGAGGGCAGCAGAAGAGGAAGAACAUUUUUGGGUAAUGAUCAAUGGUUUUAAGUUGCGGAUAGAUAGGGAGGAUUCUUGGAAAUGGGUGCAUAGUAGUGAUGGUUGUUAUUCGGUGAAGGCAGCAUAUGAGUUCUUAACACCAAAUUCUAGUUUUUUUGAGGAGAAAUGGGUUAAGGUGAUUUGGAAUAGAUAUGUCCCUUCUAAAGGGGCGAUGUGGGUUGCGUGUUCUGUCAUGAGGGGGAGGAGCAACUUCAUCAUAUUUUAUGUGGGUGUAAAAGGGUAUGGUUGGUAUGGAUGAAGGUUUUGGGGUGGUGGGAGAUUCAGAGUGUUUU